AUGCUUCCUCCAACGUCGCACGCGGACAAAGACGCGGGCCGUCGCAAUCACUGGCCGCGGUCUCCUGUGGCAAAUGUCCUCCUGAUCAUCGUCCUUGCACCUUUCUUGUUCUUCGUUGCUGGCAGCAUCUUAUCAGUGACAAGCAUCUUGAGAAUUUCAGCUUCAGAGGACUUGAGUUCCAUCAAAUUUGCCGAGAAUGCUAGCCAGAACGACUUGUCCUCAUUUGAUUGGGAGUCUAUCACGCCUACCAAGGCCAUCGUCUACCAGCCGUGCUACGGCCGCUUUCGAUGCGCCCGCCUGCUUCUUCCCAUGGACUGGCUUGCCAAUAGCACUUCAGAAACGCUAUGGAACCACACCGUCGCCAUUGCUAUGAUCAAGCUGCCCGCCAAUGUCUCCUCUGUGCUAGACGCCCGCUACGGCGGCGAGGUGUACAUCAACCCCGGCGGCCCUGGCGGAUCCGGCGUCAGCAUCGCGCAGAGAGGCGGCCCUCUCAUCCAGUCCAUUGUGUCGUCCGAGGAUCCAGACGGCAAGGUAUACGACGUAGUGUCGUUCGAUCCACGGGGUGUGCGCUUUUCUACGCCGCGCAUUAGCUGCUUUGACACGCUCGCCGAUCAAACUGCCUGGUAUGACCUGCACGCCACCUAUGGCGGAGUCGACAGCGCGGACCGGGCGAUGGCGACGUUGUGGGCGCGGGCUCAUGCUCUGGGCGCCGCGUGCGACCCUGUCAGCCUCCCGGGCCAGGAGCCCAGAGACAGCGAGGAUAAUCUGCUCAAGUACCACGUCUCGACAACGGUUGUUGCACGGGAUAUCGUCGAGAUCAUUGAGCGGAGUGGCGAGCUGCGCGAGAAGCUGGCCCGUGAGGCACUCAGGUCAGCCCGGCUUUCUAGCAUUGAACAAGAGGAGCAACUUCAUGCGCUGAGAUGGCGACGGGGCGAGGAGAAAUUGCAAUACUGGGGAUUCAGCUACGGGUCUGUCCUCGGCGGGUUCUUCGCCACGCUAUAUCCGUCGCGCGUAGGUCGGAUGGUCCUUGACGGCGGGGGAAACUAUAACGACUGGAUCUCAGGGGAGUGGAAGACAUUUCUUGAUCACACCGAACAGGGUUUGCGGUGGCUAUAUCGCGACUGCUACGCUGCUGGUGCCGGGAACUGUUCCCUGUACAAUCCAGACGGGCCAUACGUGCUCGAAGGUGCCGUGACAGACUUCCUCGACGAGCUCUACAACAUGCCGAUCCUCGUACCAGACGCAGCAGGCGGUCAACCCGACAUCCUGACGUACGAGGACGUGAUCACCGCUCUAUUCAUGUCCCUCUACAGCCCCUACACAGCCUUCGUCAACGUCGCCAACGCCCUCUCCUCCCUCAUGCUCGACAGGAGCAACACCACCGCCGCGCGCGCCAUCCUCUCCAAGCCCCGCGUCGGCGGCCUAUGCGGCUCCAGCGACGCCUGCACGACCGACAAGUGCAUCCUCGACCAGAACGCCCUCUCGCACAUGGACGCCGAGAUGGCCAUCGGCUGCUCCGACGGGCCCGACCUGCGCGGCGAGACGCUCUCGGCCUUCGCGGGCCCCUUUGGCGGGCCGACGGCGCACCCGCUCCUGUUCGUCAGCAACGACGCCGACCCCGUGUCGCCGCGGGAGGGCGUCGCGGCGAUGGCGGCGGCGUUUGAGGGCGCCGGGCUGAUAAGGAUAGAGAGCCCCGGGCAUUGCAGCAUCAGCACGCCGUCGAGCUGUGCGUUUGCGAACAUCAGGGCGUAUUUCCAGGGGGAUGAGGGUCCCGCCGCGGAGACGGUCUGCGGUGUGGACUAUCAGCCGUUCUUGGCCGGAGGUCGCACGCCCCGGCUGACGGGCGAAGCUUCUCACCUGCAGGACCUGGCGGCGGAGAUUGUAGAUGCGCAACUUGUUGAGAGGGGGUUUAUAUGA